AUGACUCUCACCCAGACAACCCCCUACCCCUUUACCUUCACCAGCAGCGCAACGAACCAACCCCCAAGCAAAGACGCCGCAAGAGACGAAACACUCACCCUGAAGAAUGUCCGCGGCAAAGUUCCCUCCCUUCAAGCCUCCACCCUCCGCACCAUGAUGCUAGAAGCACACUCCGACCCCACGAAGAUCAUCGCCCACGCCUGCUCCUACGACGGCCUCUCCUCGCGUCUUGUGCAGGAGGCCGGCUUCCCUAUUGUCUUCUUGGCAGGCUAUGCCGUGGCCAGUUCCUAUGGACUCCCGGAUACGGGGUACAUUGCUAUGGCAGAGAUGUGCGAUAAGAUCCAGGAAGCUGUGCGCGCGACGGACAUUCCUGUUAUGGCAGACGGCGAUACAGGAUACGGAAGUCCGAUGAAUGUCAAGAGGACGGUAGAGAGCUUUGCGGCUGCUGGUGCGGCGGGGAUUAUGAUUGAAGAUCAGACGUGGCCCAAACGAUGUGGCCACACAAAAGGCAAAUCCGUCGUCUCAAGAGGCGAAGCCUACGCCCGGGUCCAAGCGGCCGUUGAUGCCCGUAACAACGGCCAAGAUAUCUUCAUCCUAGCGCGUACUGACUCCUUAAUCCACGGAUGGGAGGAGGCCAUGACCCGCGCGAAGGAGUUCAAGCGCAUCGGUGUGGACGCUGUAUUCGUUGAAGCCUUACCUGAUCGCGAGGCAAUGCAACAAUGUGUCCAGGAACUGCAACUGCCUGUCUUUGCGAAUAUUAUUGAGGGCGGGCUGACAGAGAAUUUGUCAGCCAAGGAUCUGGCUGAGCUCGGGUUCUCGGCCGUUGCGUAUCCGUGGACGCUUGUGGCGGCGAAGUUGAAAAGCAUUCGGGAGACGUUGGAUGCGUUGAAGAGGAGUAUGACUACUGGGGCACCGCCGAUGAUUUUAGGCUAUGCGGAGGUUUGUGAAGGGGUUGGGUUCAAUAAGUAUUGGGACCAGGAGGUGAACUAUGAGUAUAAUGAGAAUGGAUUGGUGAAGAACCGGAAUGGAAGUGCGUAG